CCUCGGCAUGGACACAGAGGGAAUGUUGCUGUGCCCCAUUUCCUUUAUUGGGGUGCUCUCUUUGGCCGUCAGGGCUUUCUUUUCCUUAUUUGUGUUUCCAAGUGGAACGCCGCAGAGUUUGGGUCGCUGGUGAGAGUGUGCCAGGGACGUGACCUUCUCUUAAAAGCUGGGAGUCCACGUGUUUUGAAAGAAGAUGAAGGUUAGCAAAAGUCUGCAGGCAAAGGUGGGAACAGGGGCUGUUCCCAGCCCUGGGCAGACACAGAAUUAGGAAGUUACAGCAAAUUGGCUGAUAAGUUUUAAACACAACCUUAACAAAGCCCCAGAGUGAUAAAUAUUCAUUGUGGCAAGGGAACAAAAUAUGUUGGAAUAGUAAGUGAGAGGAAAUCUGGGGAGAUGAAGUGAUGAAGGGCUAACACGGGCCCAAAUCACUCCCAGGAAAAUGGAGAUCCUUGGUGUCCCGGAGCUGUUAGCAGGGAUGUGGCAGCACAUACAGGAUUCCCUAUCCUGUUCUGGGGACAAUCCAGGGAGCUGGCAGCCUCAGCGCUGUUUUUCCAUGGCCAAAUGGCUGAAGAGAGCUCCCCCAAACACCCAGGGGCUCGGGCACCCUCCCCUUGCACCCCUGGGAAGGAAAUCAGCGCCAGCCGCAAGUGAGACCGGUAACCUGGGGUGACUUCUUGGAACGGGAUCGUGAACCGAACACAAACACUGCCACGGGCAGCGAUUUAUGGCCCUCGAAUGCAAACAUCCUCAUUUUGCCAUCACACAGACUCCGAUGGGUUUCACACUCUCCCAACUUCCACGUGCCGCCUGCAGAGUAUUGUGUCCCACGGAAUUUCCCUUGUGGAGCACGGUGGUGUUUCCCCAGCGCUGCCGGCCGGGCUGGACCCAUUUUCCGCUUGAUUCUCCCAAAAACUUCCCAAGCUCCAGGCUCCCAAUCCUCGGCUGCAACCGAGGAACGUUCAAAUUAUUUUGGGGUAGAUGUCUGUGUUUGGUGGGACGUUCCCAUCCUCUGGAUGAGGGCCCGCUCUGCGGCCACCGCCCGUCAGCUUUGGGCUGCUCUUUUUCGGAUCGUUUGCAGGUUUUUUUGUCGAGAGAAUGGCCCUCAUUCCUUCGAGCCACCUAUGAACACCUCCAGGCAAAUGUUCUUUUACCUCCCACAAGAGGGGAGUGGUUUCGGGUGGCGGCUGGGAGGAGGAAUGAUUGCAACACAAAAGAACAGGGGAAUAUGGGAGGGAGAAGAAAUUAAUCUUACCUUGGGAAUCUCGCUGAUUUACGGCAGAGGAGAGCGGGGCUGGGCGCACCUUGGCAAGGAGCACAGGGCGAGCUCUCCCCUUCCCUCGCCGGCAGAGCUGGGGGCAAGGAAUCAUUCCCGUCGUGCUGGGAAGACUUUGAGAAACUCAUCCUUUAGCCGGUCCCGGAGAAACCGGGGCGGAUUUGUCCUCGCAGCCCCGGCCUGGUGUCCCCGAUGUGCGGCCGCACCUGGCUGGGCGCUGCGCUCGUCCUUGGGGCGCAGCUCCGAGCGCUGUGGCUGGCGGCAGCCGUGGAGGUUCACACCGCCAAGGAGGUGGUGGCCGUGAACGGGACCAACCAGCGGCUGAAAUGCACUUUUUCCAGCAGCAGCCCCGUGAGCCAGCAGCUCUCAGUGAGCUGGAACUUCCAGCCCGAGGACCUGAGCGCUCAUGAGCCGGUAUUUUACUACCUGAAGGAGCCCUACAAGCCCCCCUCGGGAAGGUUUAAAGAGCGAGUCACCUGGGAUGGGAACAUCGAGCGUAACGAUGUUUCCAUCAUCAUCUGGAACCUGCAGCCCAGUGACAACGGGACCUUCACCUGCCAGGUGACAAACUGGCCAGAUGUCUAUGGCACCAUCGGGGAGGUGCGACUCCGGGUUGUGCAGAAAGUGAGUUUCUCAGAAAUCCAUUUCCUGGCCGUGGCCAUCGGAUCUGCCUCUGUCCUGAUGAUCAUCGUGGUGACAGCUGCGAUCAUCUGUCGGCAGCGUCGCAGGAAAGCGCGAGACAAGAGGCUGGAGGUGGCAGACACAGAGCGUAAAGAAAAGGAGAGCCUGAAGAUGGGGGAGGAAAAGGAGCCCAUUCCACUGGAAGAUUAAAGGCCUUCCCUGGUGUGCACAAUGCAGGUGCUUCCAAAGCAGUUGGUGAAAGCUUGUAAUUUGGGGUGUUAGAACAAAGCUGGAUUACAGACGCCCCACGCUGCCUCUGCUCAACCUGAAAGUCUUGCACGGAAAGAGGGUGACUUUACUUGAGUUGUAAAUUCCCUCCAGUGAAGCAGAGCAGGAGGAUCUUGCCCCAUGAACAAAGAACUUUCCUUCAUCUUCUCACCUGCGGAAUGUGAGCACGGCUUCUCUGGAAGAUGAAAGUGCCAAGACUGAGUGAACCGAGGGCUGGGAGGUGUUUGAGCAGAUGCACUCCUGCACCUUAGAAACCACAACGUGCCUUUGUGUUGCCCUGGUUUUAUUCCCUGAGAAUCCUCCCUGAGAAGGAAGGCUGAGCAGUGAGGUCUCAGCUGGUACAACAAACAUCCUUGGAAUCCUUUUCUACAUUAGCUGGACAGUGUUAGAGCUGGGCAAGGUGUGCUGUUCGUUAUUAGGGGUAACAUUCACCAGCCAGGCUGGUUUGCACAUCCAUCUCUUGCAGCUUUGGGAGGGUUUGGGGGUUGAGGAGAGUUUUCUGUCUGGGUUCAGCAGCUCUCCCCAUUCCCAUUCCCACUGUCACUAUGUUCCCCAAAACUGGAACCCAUGGAUCUCUAACAGUGUCUAACCAGCCCCAAACCCAUCCUGUUACAGUAUGUACCCAUCCCCAAAUCAAAGCCUUGGCCUGUUUGUUUGUAGAGUGUUUUUAUGGCUUUAUAAUGUUCCAGCCACAUUCCCUGUCUGUUCCCUGACUGUUCCCUGGAUGUUUCCUGGCUGUUCCCUGGAUGUUCCCUGGCUGUUCCCUGGCUGUUCCCUGGCUGGCUGUUUUCAUUUUCACUCACCUGUGUUGUAAAUAAAGGCACCUUGCUGAGA